AACACACGGCAGAAACUUGCCUGACAUAGUGGGGGGAACAUUUGGACCUCGCUUGCUGCACCUGACUGUGCCUCCGACUGGCCAUCUCGAUGUUUUCAGCCUGCUCUCCGCGCUGAAACACAUUCUGCCCGUCAUCUCGUCUACUCGUUAAAAAAAGAAAAAAAAGAAAGAAAGAAAAAAAAAAGGUAGCAGAUUCCUGCUGAUGCAGUGAUGUCUGGAAAUGCCAAGGGCUCGCUUAUUGCCCCUUACUGUAUCUCCCCCCCUGAACUGCAGCGCAGGAUCUUCUCCUGCGGUAUACUGUAGGCUGUUCACGCCGCCGUGAGCAGCCACCGACGCUGCGGCUCUGCCUCUCCGUCUCUCUCCCCAUCAGACCUGCCUGAUUUUCAUCUUGUUUUAUCUCCUCUCGCUUUUCGCCUCCCUCAAGGCGUUUAGACCUAUUUGCGGACACAUCUGGGAUGGCGAUGAGCACAGUAAGGCUCUAGGCUUUCCCCAUUUUUUCUUUUUUUUUUUUUUUUCCUCCCCCCCUUCUCUUGCCUCUCCGUGCAAUGUAAAGUUGGCACAUGACACUCACUGGUGCCCUGCUGUUGGAUGAUUCUACUCGAGGAGAAGACGCAUUCAAGACCUUUCAAGAUCAACCCACGAGGCAGCAGUAACAACAGCAGCAGAUGCACCGGAGAGCAGCAAUGGUCAAGUCAGCGAGAACCGCAGUGGAGCCGCACUGAGGCAGAGCAGCCAACCAGCCCCCUCGUAUCUGGGGACGUCUCCAACAAUUUAAGGGGUGUGGGAAGCUGAGGAGUGGAAAAUUUCCCCCACGAACCUGAAUGCCUGCUCAGUCAGACUAACCGACAUCCCAGCGCAACUCCUCCUCCACCUCCUCCUCCUCCUCCUCCUCUUCCCAAAAUGACCGUGGUAGCAGCAGAUAACAUGGACGAGACCUCGGCUGUCCCAGGCCACCCUCAGGACGCAUACCCCCCAGACCACAAUGACCACGAAUGCUGCGAGAGGGUGGUCAUCAACAUAGCUGGUCUCCGGUUCGAGACUCAGUUGAAAACUCUCUCCCAGUUUCCAGAAACGUUGCUGGGCAACCCCAAAAAGAGGAUGAGGUACUUUGACCCUCUGAGAAACGAGUACUUCUUCGACAGAAACCGCCCCAGCUUUGAUGCAAUUCUCUAUUACUACCAGUCCGGGGGUCGGCUGAGAAGGCCAGUGAAUGUCCCUUUGGAUAUGUUCUCAGAAGAAAUCAAAUUUUACGAGCUGGGAGUGGACGCGAUGGAGAAGUUUCGUGAGGAUGAGGGUUUCAUCAGGGAGGAAGAGCGCCCUUUACCUGAGAAGGAGUUCCAGCGUCAGAUUUGGCUUCUCUUCGAGCACCCUGAAAGCUCAGGCACUGCGAGAGGGAUUGCCAUAGUGUCUGUGAUGGUAAUUCUGAUUUCAAUAGUCAUCUUUUGUUUAGAGACUUUACCACAGCUGAAAGAGGACCCAGCAGGUCGAUUCGUGACAGUCGGGAACACGACUGUUUAUUACAAGCCAAAUAUCCUCACGGACCCCUUCUUCGUCAUUGAGACACUCUGUAUAAUCUGGUUCUCCUUUGAGCUGAUUGUACGCUUUCUGGCCUGCCCAAGCAAACCGGCCUUCUUCAAGAACAUGAUGAACAUGAUCGACAUAGUGGCCAUCAUCCCUUACUUCAUUACACUCGGCACCGAGCUGGCUGAAGACCCAGAAGACGGGGAGGGAGUGGGGGAGCAGGCAACAUCUCUGGCCAUACUCAGGGUGAUCCGUCUGGUCAGGGUGUUUCGGAUUUUCAAGCUGUCACGACACUCCAAAGGACUGCAGAUUUUGGGGCAGACCCUCAAGGCCAGUAUGCGAGAGCUGGGAUUGCUGAUCUUCUUUCUGUUCAUUGGAGUCAUCUUGUUCUCCAGUGCUGUCUACUUUGCCGAGGCAGAGGAACAAGGAUCCUACUUUGGCAGUAUCCCAGAUGCAUUCUGGUGGGCUGUUGUGUCUAUGACAACUGUGGGCUAUGGGGACAUGGUCCCGGUCACUAUAGGAGGCAAGAUUGUAGGAUCUCUGUGCGCCAUCGCCGGAGUGUUAACAAUUGCGCUCCCAGUGCCUGUCAUUGUGUCCAACUUCAACUACUUCUACCACAGGGAGACCGAGGGAGAAGAGCAGGCCCAGCUGCUCAACGUCAGCAAUCCCAACAUCCCCUCUGAAACCAAUUCCAGCCGCCGUAGUUCAUCCACCGUCAGCAAGUCAGAGUACAUGGAGAUUGAUGGAGACAUAAACAAUAGCAUCGACAACUUUAGGGAGGCAAACCUCAGAACUGGCAAUUGCACUAUAGCCAAUCAAAACUGUGUAAAUAAAAGCAAGCUGCUCACGGAUGUUUAGACACUAGUUAGGUACUUUGGGAUCUCUGUGGGACCUUCAUAUUUGGAGUAGACCAUCAGUAAGGAAUGCUUCAUUUACCUCCCCAAAGCACUCUAUGGCAUUAGGCCUCCAACUAUGCUCAGCUAUAUAGAAAGGAAACAGAAAAAACAAAGCUCUUAGAGUAUGUGACAGGUAGAUAGAAUAAUUAAUUCUUCUGAUCCUACAAAUAUAUAGUUACAUCAAAAAGAAAACAUCAAUUAUUACGCAUAUACACGGCUCCCUGGAGGACGCAGAGCACACACUGUCUUAUCAGACGACGGCGUGAUAAUUAAAAUCUUAUGCAUGGAGUACAGAUAACAUUUCAGCAAGUUGCACAAUGCACCAGAAAAGUCUGCAGAGACACGCAAGCACCUGCAGCCAAGUGGUAAGCGCCAAGAAGUUAGGUGACCCCGCUCCCCCCUCCUCUCUCGCUCUCUCUUCUCUCUCCCUACGAAGGAUCUACUAUUCAGCAAAGCACCUUAUAGGAGGAAGACUGAUCUCUCUUGUUUGGAUGUAAACAGACGGUGAUCUACACGCUUCAUGGACAUCUGCAAUGCUGCUGUUUUCCAGCAGAUGCUGUAAUUAUGAUAUCACCAAGUGAUUCAAUGUCAUGCCCUUUAGAUGCAACACAGCACAAUGAUAAAGUGAGCUUCACACGAGCAUGAUUAGAGACUUUCCAUUUUGAUAUCGGCAUGCAUGAGACAUAUCUCACAUAAUGGAAAGGAUGUUCUUUUGGAUACCUGCCCCCAUCAACCCUUCUCAUCUGUUUUCAUACUGAGUGCACUGGAUGAGUUUUUAAUUUGAAAUGCUAAUCAUUUAGAAGUAUAGAAAUUGAAUGUUAAAUCUUAAGGGAACAGUACAUAAAUGAGAUCAUAGCAUGAAAAAAGUAACCUGCAUUAUGGUCUAUCGACUAAGAUACUUUUGUAUCCUGGUAUAUUUAAUGCAUGACAUGAGUAUACAGCUUGUUGCAAUUCAGGCACUCUGCAGUGUCCUAUUGUCAGGGAAACUAAGGAAAUAAAAUUCUGGAUGUUCCUGAAUUGCGAUCAAAUAUAUCCAAACCCACCUUGAGGAUGCAGAGUUUCUAAGUAGUCAAAGAAACUGAAUAAAUAUUAUCAAAAAUGCAUAUAAGCAUAAUAAGCACCAAUAACAGUAUUACAUCAAUAGUGCAGUGCAUGGACCUUCUUUGAACAAGAAAUGUUAACAUAUCAUUAGUCAUGCUUCCAUUUCCAUGUCAAAUUUUAGUACACAUUGGUUUGGAGUCCGCUUAAAAAAGGAUCAAUACCAAAUUUUCACUUCAUAUUACAGAGAAUUAUUCUGACAUUAGUUGCUAGUGCCUUUAUCCCUUUCACCAACAGGACCAGUGAAAGUGCCUCUGUGUACAAUUGGAUUUGUGAGGUUGAGCAGAGCUGGUUCACCUUCUGUUCUUGUGUUGAUACACUGUUGGUUAUGACGUUAAUGAUGCCAGAUGAGCAACUUUGAAACAGCAGGUGAUUGUGGUAAAAACGAAAAAAGGAAAAAAAGAUCCAUGGCUGUUAUGCACAACCCAGUUUUCAUACUGUCACGCACUUAAUUAUGCCCUUAAGCAGCAAUGUAUUGUACUCUGCAUGUUUACCAAUCCAAUUCAAAAGGGAAUAACCAGAGUUUUUGAACAUAUUUUAUUUAUGUCUGUAGUUUUUGUUCGUGCACCAUGCAUCCUUUCAGGGUCUCUACCUCAGUGAGGUCAUUGCAAACUUGCUGCAGAGCCGCAAGCUUCAAUGCAGGGCUUCCUAUACCAUAAUGCAAAAUGGAGCCUUAAGUGUAAACUGCAGUCAUGCAACAUUGAAUGUGAGAGUCCCAAAGCAUAGCCUUUACACAAGCACUUAGGGCAAAUAGUGUACUACAAUCCCGCUCCUUUUUUUCUUUCACUUAAAGCUACGCACAAUCAAAACAUUCAUUUCUAGGGAGUUUAUAUAGAUUGUUUGACUCUCCGAACAGGAUGAGAUUGACUUUUUUAUAUGUUAGUUUCUUUGAAACGAUGGAAUCUGAAGUUAUUGCUGUGCCGCUGGAACACACCUGAACGUGUGUUUCAACACACAUGUGAAGAUGUUAUUUAUGGUUUUCCAAUCUGUCAUCCUACAGUCCGAGGGCAUUACGAAUCACAGCAAAGUGUGGCCCGUCUUUUUGCACAAUCAUUUUGUUCUACUGCUUGACCCAUUACUUUGCCUGUGAGAUUUUCUUUUUCCUUUUUCACUGUGCUUGCUCAUGAGUAGUGCAUUGUUUCUCAGCAUAUUGUUCCAGACGACUAACUGCAGAUAGAUUUGGACAGAUUGUAAUGACUACUUGAAAAUUCCCAGCUACUGUACAUCAAUCUACACUCAGUAUUAACAUUAUUUCACACACAUGAUGGGAAGAUUUUGUACUGUACUGUAUGCUCUUUUUUCAUCAGUGCUCACCUGACAAGGUCCUGUAAAAAAAAACACUCCACUGCAGUGCUACUUGAAUGUCAUAGAUGUUUCUGUUGGUGCAAUGGCUAUCCUUUGUGGUGCUAGUACAGGACUAACACUGUUGUCCUGUGACAUCACACGUUAUCUGAAGCAUCAACUGAAGCGAGCCUUUGUUAAAUGUUUUGGACGAGACAUCCUCCAUUCUUUAAUUCUUUGUUUUCUGUUUUGUUAUCGGUGGCUGGUUGGUUGAUUAGUUUAGGGCAGUGUUUGUCAUUUUAUUUGGAACUGAUCUUCGUACUGUACUGCUGAAGAGUGGCUGCCUCAGGUGAGGUCAAAGCCUUGCUAGAUGUCAGUAACUUAUCAUGAGAGCAAAAAAAGAUACACAUUUGUGUCAGGGAUCUUCAAUUUGUAUAGGGUUUCUCAUUCAGAAGGACACCAAUAAUACCCAACACCAUACAUUAUAUUACUAUAUAUAGAUUGAUAUAGGCAAUUAUAGUAGUCUCAUAAAUGCAGCUAUCAGGAAAUUGUUCGCUUUGGUCACCAGUUUCUUGUAAGACUCAUGCUUGAAAGUAGUGAUUGUGUGUAACAUGUUCUGCAGGAAACAGCUGAAUGUGAGGUGAAGAAAACACAAAUGAUACCCCUCACAUUAGCAGUGCUGUCGCUACUCUUGCUGUGAGGGCAUGUAUGGAUGGUGCUAUGCAUUGUAUUACCCAACAGAAACAUGCAUUCUUAACAGCAAUAGAAAUAACAGAUCGCCUGUUUCUUAGAUGCUUUUUGUAAAAAAAAAAAAAAAAAGAAAUAGUAAAACAAAUCUAUUUUGAAUGUCAAAGAAGCUGCGAUCACUUGAUAGAUAACUCACAACAGGGCUGUUUAUGUACCAACCUCUUACCCUCUGUUCUGUGAUUUUGUAAGGUCAGUGGGGUCGGAUGUAGAAGUGGAGAUUUAUUGAGAGAAACCCGCGAAAAAUCCAAAUAUAGACUUUGCAAGAGUUGCAGUAACCAUUAACCAAGCAGGUCGGACUGGAGUGGUUUUGCAGUCAGGAAGUAAGGCUGCUGAGGGGUUCAGUCGAACCUGUAACACCGUCCCAAAGGGACAGCCCGUAAUGCACUUACAGAGGAUCUGUCGUCAGUUCACUGGACUGAUCAGCUGUUUGAGAGAAAGUCAGAGAAGGUGCCUAAAAUGUUUUACAUAUUCAUUUGUUUAGCUUACUGUUAGAUGUUACGCUUCUGCAAACAAACACGAGCGAGAAGAUCUAAAAAAAAAAAAAAACUAUGACGACAUUAACUGAAUUCAACUAUAAGAAAAAACAUGAAAUGUCAAUAGAACAAAAUGCAAUUUAGCUACAAUAGGAUAGAGAAAAGUAACCACUAUAUACCGCAAUUACGUAUGGAAAACAAUUUUAAUGUAUGUUUUUAUUUUCCCUUCGUUUUUUUUUGGUGGCACUGUAACAUGACUGAUAUAGGAAGAACAUGCCAUAUACUGGAAUAUCAAUGACAAUAUGUUCCUCUGGCAAGCCAUGAUAAUAAAACUACUGUAUUAUGAUCAAUUGCUAUACACUAAAUGAUAUGGACAAGAAGUGUACUAUUAUCAGAAAAAAACAAAUGGUUUGUCUUAUUGGUUUCAAGAGAGAGAAAAAAAAAACAGGAUUCAUUCAAACACCAUGUUCACAUUUUUCCAAUCUCCACUGCUGAACCUACUGCUAUAAUGUAUCUCUACAGAAACCUACUAAUCGCAAAAAACUGCAUGGUCGAUGGAAGACUGCAUGAGUUUUGCCUUUCAAACUGUGGAUCAAUGAUAAUACAGUUGCAUCAUUUUAAAAAAGAAACCCUUGCUUUCAUCUGCACCAAGGCUUCCUGUACGGCCCUGUUCAGAUGUUGUCGUGAGACGUGUCCUCUGCUGGAUUUCUUAAAAGCACCUUUAGCGCUGACCUCAUCACUCGGACGGCGUUGGGUUUCCGAGCCGUUCUCAUCAUCUGUGUGUGAUUUUCAGGUCGUGCUUGCUAGGCUGUGAAUGUGAGCAAGGACAUUAAGGGCUAGUUUCUCAAACUUUAUCUCUAUUCUCGGACUGAAACGCUCUUUAAAGUGACAUUUUGUGCAAUCGUAUCUCAGUCAUGACUGUAGUGAUACUGUGUUGUGGGAAACAUGCCCAUCAUGUCUAAGCAGGGCCUGUGCCGCACACACCCUCCUCUGUACUACAUUGGUUUUGAGGCAUUGUUUGCUGAAGGUCUUGAUAUUGGACUGCUUUCUGCCUGCUGAGGAGGCACUGAACAGAAUCAAAUGUUGGGAUGUUGUGCACCUCACUCACCAAAGGUGAUUAUUGAUGAGAUCUUGUUUGUGUUGUUUGAUGGCUAUGAGUUUGUCUGUUCUGUCAGGAAUGCACAUUUUAUCGCUAGCAGCAAGUUUUGGAGCAAAGCGCAAAAAGGACUGUUGAACUCUUCAUCCACAAGCAAACCAAACUCUGAUUGUGUUACCUAAUCCAGCUGUCAUUGUCACGUUGUGUUCAACAAGGAUUAUGCUACAAUGUGUUCAGUUUGUCAGAUGAUGACAAAGGCAUGGUCUGUGAUCUAUGCAAGGGUUGUUAUUUUUCUUUUUCUUAUAUCACUUAUGAUUUCACCUUACAUUACCUUCAAUAAAUUUUUAAGGAUC